AUGAGGCUUGGUGUCACACUUGGGAUAGGCGUGGACGUCGUCCACACCCCUCGUUUCCAGCGUAUUCUCGCCCGCAACGACGACUACGUGGCUCGGUUCAUGGCCCGUAUUCUUCACCCAUCCGAACGCCCCAGGUUCGUGGAGUCGCCACCAGCCCAGCAGAUCAACCAGUUGUCGGGAGCCUGGGCAGCCAAAGAGGCGUUGUUCAAGACGUUGGACCCCGUGGACCAGAAACGGUUCCAGUUCAACCAGUGGUACCGCCACUACAACCCCCAAGGCAAGCCAUUUAUCCGGAACGACCACUAUCAGCACAAGGACGAGGAGUUCCUCCUCAGUGUUUCACACGAUGGGGAAGUGUUGGUUGCCAAUGUGCUAAGGCAGAAGAACGUGGACACCAGCUCCCUCUGA